ACAGACCGGCCCCUGAUGGGAGUCAACGGCCUGGACGUGGCCGGGCUGCGGCCGUUCGACCUGGUGAUUCCCUUCACCAUCAAGAAGGGGGAGAUCACGGGCGAAGUGCGGAUGCCUUCGGGGAAGGUGGCCAAGCCAGACAUCACGGAUAACAAGGACGGAACGGUGACCGUGAGAUACGCGCCCACGGAGGCCGGGCUGCACGAAAUGGACAUCCGCUGCGACAGCCUGCACAUCCCAG